CUGGCGCUGACACUUUGCGAAUGGGGUUUUUCAAAAGAAAGCUUCGCCGAUGAGCUUUUUUGUCAGCUUAUGAAGCAGUUGACUUCCAACGAACGAUGUGAAUCAGUACGCAAAGGCUGGGAAUUACUUGCCAUUUUCCUGUCUUUUUUUGGACCAGCGAAUCCAGAAGUUACGCAAAGGCUGACUGAGUUCAUUGAGGCAAAUUCGGAUCGAUUGUUGGAUAUGCCUGAGGUACCCGUAUCACACUACGCAAUUCAGUGCAGUAGACGUAUGAUGCGAGUGACAUCAGCAGGACAGAAGCCAUCGCUCAGUCUAAUUCAGGAGUCCCGUGUACAUAUUUUUAAUCCUCCUCAAUUCUCCGCUCCUCUGGAAGAGCUUAUGGAAAUGCAAGCUGAAAAAUAUCCUGAAAGAAUGCUGCCUUGGUUAGAGACAACGCUAAUAGAUUUGAUUUUAUCAGCAGAUGGCCAGCAUACCGAAGGACUUUUUCGUGUGCCAGCAAAUCCCGAUCAUGUGCAUACAGCUCGAUUGCGCCUGGAUCGUGGAGUUGUUCCAGUGGUACGUGAUGCACAUGUACCGGCUGCCUUACUAAAGUUGUGGUUACGUUCGCUUCCGGAACCGCUACUCCCAGAUGCAUUUUAUUCGCGAUGCCUGGCUGUCUGUGAUCAACCGGAAGAGGCUUGCCGGAUUGUUGAGCUACUUCCUGCUGUAAAUCGGCUUGUAUUAGCAAAAUUGCUUGAACUUCUUCAGUUGCUGGCAGAAGAAGAAACAGUGAAAUGUACGAAAAUGGAUGUGUGUAAUCUGGCGAUGGUAAUGGCACCAAAUGUUCUGAGGUGUGGCAGUGACGAUCCACGUGUUAUCUUUGAUAACGCGCGACGUGAAAUGACCUUCCUCAAAACGCUUAUUUUACACUACGAUACAUCUUUUAUACGUACCCUCUCAUGA